AUGGGACAGUCAUCGUCGUCAAGUUUACAGCAGGGCAAUACCGCGCUGUGGCCCAAGGUGCAAACACUUGAGCAAUUCCAAGAACGAUUUCGCACUCUUUUCGCCUCCGGGUGUAUCUCCGAGCCAGAAGCAGAGUGGUUGGAGGCUAUAACGGCCAAGUUUGGGACGACAGCAGAAGACUCAAUUUGCUGGACAGAGUCCAAUUUGGCAGACUUCCUUGCUAUUACACUACCGGAUCACCUGCAGGCGGACCUCCAGAUAAUGAGGCCUCUCAUGCAUCGAUGCAUGUUGCGGCUCAGCUCGUUCCCGUAUCUCAACCAGCCCAGAUCACCGCUAGGAAACGAUUCCAUGCGCAUGGCUCUCUCUAUCCUAUUACAGCGGCAUGAACAGGUAGGCCGGCCUAUUGGCAUCACCAACCGCGAGACUGGUUCACUAGAGAAGCAAGCACAUGGGCUGCGAUCUUUGUUAUUCCAGAGCAUGCGGUCAACGCAAAUGUCGAGCGGCAUCGAUGCUAAGAAAGGCGAAAAGAGAACUGAAGCGGAUGAUGAGUUCUUGCUACAAGCUCAUCAGUUCGUAUCUAGCUUCAAUGACAGGCGUCCGGAGUCUCGGCCAACAGUAAUUGAGUGUGGCCCUCCAAUCAUUCCGGUCCAAGAGCUGCCGUCGUCGAACUCGGCCGACUACAGUGGUACAAUUCCUGAAGAUGAGUUUAAGUCACUGGUUAAGAGUAGCGAGCUGCGUAACACUAAUGGUCCUGGGACAGUUGGAUGGGAAAAUUUCGAAGCCGUUUUCAGCUCAGAUGAGGUAAAUACAACAUCACAGGAACCCGCUCUGAUCCAGUAG